AUGGUUUUGGAGCUGAUGCGCUUCACGGAGAUGGUCGGGGUCUCCCUCAGCGUGCAGAGUGCAGAGUUGCUUUGCCGCUCAUUGGCGAUGCGGAGGGUCUACUGCCUCGUGCUGCUGGAUUCCCCCAGCGCAGCUUUGCAGCGAGCGGCCCGGGACCUGGAAGAGUCCCAUGCCAUGUACCAGGGCGAGGUGGCACAGAUUCGAGAAAGCGGUGGCGAGGUCGCCGAAGAUGAGGUCGAGUUCCACUACAUCAUGCAAGAGCGUGCGGAUUCAGAGAAAUGCCUGUGCGAUUCCAGGCGAAAAAGAGGACCAUCUGCAACGAAGCAUUUCUGCGGGGUGGACUGGUCCUGUGCUUUGCCGCCACCACAUCUUUGUUGA